AUAGCAUUCAGUUGUGCAAAUGUGCCUGUGAGCUUAUAGUUGUUUUUCAGCGCAUUGACACAGCGCUUUAAAUAAAAAUACAACCAAACAGCGCUUUAAAUAACUUAAUAGUUAUAAACCAUGACGAUUAAAACUCCGCUCGCACAAGGUUUGUGUCCACGGUUUGGCCCCCACAGGGAUUAUAUCUUGACAUUUUGAAAAAGUCUACGAAAUUAUUCGCAAUUAUUUUUCAACAUUUAAAAAUGAACAGCAGCAUUUGAGAAGGUUCACUUGGUUAAAGAAAUCUACACUUAGGGUAAACAAGGAGCUUAGAUUUACUCAUAAAGCCCACUGUACUCGAAUGUGCAUUCAUUAAAUCAGCAUAUAAGUAUGUUUUUUUUUUUUUAAAACACUUGUUUACUUCGUUUUCAAAACAGCCAGGCUGCGGCCUAAAUAAAUACGUGAGUCGCUCCAUUCAUUUAAAGUUACGUCUGCUUGCAAAAUGUGUAAACAAUUUAGUAAUUUUCCGUACAUGAAACCAAAAUGUCACGAUCUCUAUUUUGGAUUGCCCCUUUACUCUUGGUCCUUGUGACUGCUUUUUCUUCAGCUCAAAACUAUUGUGAUCCGGAACUGUGUCCCAGUGGAAGACACGUGGCCUGCCAAUCCAGCGGACGCUUUGUGAGCGGCUGCAGCGGCGAGUUCGUCCAAGUGGAUGCCCACAUCCAGUUGAUCCUCCAGCUGCACAAUGAGCGCCGUAACCUGAUCGCUGGCGGUGGAGUCAGUGGCUUCCCCAGUGCCGUGCAAAUGGCCACAAUGGCCUGGGAUGCGACACUGGCCCAACUGGCCGCCUACAAUGCGCUGCAGUGCCGCAUGGCGCACGACGAAUGCCGCAACACGAACACAUAUCGCUAUGCGGGCCAGAAUCUGAGCAUCCUGUUCACCCGGAGCGUGGAUGUGGCGGUCUUUCUGCGCCAGAGAAUCGCCGCCUGGUUCGAUGAGAAUCGGGAUGCGACCAGUGGCGACAUUGAGAGCUACCAGAUGCGUGGAGGACCAGCAAUUGGCCACUUCACCACGAUGGUCAACGAACGUAAUAACCGAGUGGGAUGUGCGAUUGCCCGUUUUACGGACGCCAAUAACGUGCAGGCCACUCUGUUGGUCUGCAAUUACGCGGUCACCAAUGUGUUGAAUAACCCGGUCUAUAGGGCGGGUCCUGCCGCCUCGGAAUGUACUACUGGUCGGAACUCCAACUAUCCGAAUCUCUGCUCCCCAAACGAGGUGUACAACUACAAUCAGUGGUCGGGAUAAUGCAAUUGAUGCUAUUUAGCGUGCAAUUUGCAAAAGUAAAUGUGCUGAAUUGUUUAUAUUUGUACUCGUCCUGGAUUUUUGCAUGUACUUUACCAGUUUUUUGUGUUUAUUUUUUCAAAAUUGGGCUAUCUAUCGAAUUCAAAACGGAAAUCGAAUGUUGCAUGGAAA